AUGGCGGCCACCUCCACCUCCCCCCAUUCAGCCGGCGGCGGCGGCACCAUCGGCGACGACCUCCACGGCUUCCUCCGCUACGGCCUCCGCACUCACUCCUCCGUUCUCUGCGCACACGCCUUCCUCCUCCGCCGCGGCCUCCUCCUCGGCCACGCCGUCCCUCGCAUCCCCUUCUCCGCCCUCCUCUCCCUCUUCGCGGCCCUCCUCCGCUCCCACCAACCGCUCUUCCCCGACCACUUCUCCUUCCCUCCUCUCCUCUCCGCUGCCGCCUCCGCCGCCUCCCCGCGGCUCCACCUCCGCUCCGCGCUCGCCCUCCACGGGCAGGUCCUCCGCCGCGGCCUCCUCUUCUCCCCGCCGCCCCACGCCGCCAACGCCCUCCUCCACUUCUAUGCCACUGCCGGCGGCCUCUCGUCCGCCCACUACCUGUUCGACGAAAUGCCAUUCAGGGACAUCGUGUCCUGCAACACCCUGAUGACGACCUUAGCUAGCACACCAGGUGGCAUUCAUGCCGCACGCCAGCUGUUCGAGGGAAUGCACCUGAGAAGUGCAGUGUCAUGGAACAUCAUGAUUAAUGGGUAUGUAAAGGCGAAGCGGCCUGAACAGGCACUGGAGGUGGUCCGGUGGAUGGCAGAGGCAGGAGUGAGGGCGACGGCAACAGCCAUGGUCGGGGCAGCCACGGCGUGUGCUAGGCUGGGGAGGCUAGGGGCUGGGAGGGAGGUGCACUGUGUGUUCCUGCGCCGUUUUGAGGAUGAUAACCUGUUGGUUUGGACUGCAUUGAUUGAUAUGUAUGGCAAGUGUCGGAGGUCUGGAGUUGCAAGGAAGUUGUUUGAUCGGCUCAGAAUGAGGAACCUGGUAUGCUGGAACGCGAUGAUCAUAGGGCACUGUGUGUAUGGUGAACCCGGUGAUGGGAUCAAACUGUUCCAGCAUAUGAUCACACUGGGGAAUGUGCAGCCAGAUGGAGUCACUUUCAUUGGUGUUCUCUGCGCCUGUGCCCGUUUAGGCCUCUUGGAGGACGGAAGGGCAUAUUUUGAGCAGAUGAGCACCAUGUACAACCUCAAGCCGACAUUUGCGCACCACUGGUGCAUGGCCAAUCUGUAUGGGAGUGUUGGGCUUCUGGAAGAAGCCGAGGGCCUCUUACAGAGUAUACCAGAGGAUCUGAAGGCACGGGCAUUGGGUGGUUUGCUUGGGCUCUGUCGGUUCCGAAGGGAUUGGAGACUUGGGGAACGGAUAGCUCUCAGGUUGAUUGAGCUUGAACCAAGCAACAAUGCUCACUAUGCACUGCUUUGCAAUGUGUACGCUGCUGCAGGGAGAUGGGAAGAAGUUCACAGGGUGAAGGCUAUCAUGAAAGAGAGAGAUGAGAGGUUCAGUCCUGGACAUCGUCUGGUUAACUUAAAUGAGAUUGUUGAUGAAUUCAAAAUUAGGGAGAGGCAACCUGAGAAUCAGGAGAUAUAUGCCAUCAUGGACGACUUGGCGUCAAGGCUGAAGCUUGAUUGCAAAGAAAAGGAGCAAAAACCACUCAUUGAUUAUGUAGUGACAGAAAUGCUUGGCAUCAAUAGUCGGUCGUUGCAAAAAGUGACAAUUACGGUAUUCAGCCUGUCAGGUAAAAGUAUUGAUGCAGACCAUAGGUUAACACUUGAUGUAGACAAGUUGACCACUGACCUCGCUGGCUUUGUUACUGGAAUGAACUCUUCUCAUUUUUCAUCUAUAAGCAUCCUGAAGAAAAUUCCAGAGAAUGCUGGGCUGGUGUAUCUUCUAGAAAGAGAAUGGUGGGAUUCUACAGCAAACCGGGAACAUGUUCUGUCGUUAGGAGAGCAAAGGAGGCUUGUGAUGGCUCAUUGUUUUUUCAUCAUCUUAACUCCUAAGUUUGGUACCCUCGUCGAGUGCAUCAAUGCCACUACCGUUGAUGUUCAAGAACAUAUGUACAGGCUUGCAACUAACAUGGGCACACCUGUGGUCACUUCCUCACAAGUAAUUGUUUGGACAAUCCCUGCGAUGGCAUAA